AUGUCGCUAUCAUCGGCGCUCAAGGGCGAUUCGCCCCAGCAAGUGCGGUCGUUGAGCGAGCAGUUCGCAUCGUAUAAUUUCAGAGAAUACGCGAAGCGGCGGACACGGGACGCGUUCCGUGAGAACAAGGCGGUCGAGGACCAGAGGAAGAUACAGGAGCUGGUGCAGAAGGGCCUGAAGGAGCUGCAGAUGAUGAAGGUGCAGUCCAGUCUCGUGCCUCCUCUCGGGAGGACAUGCACAAACGAGUGGCUCCCCACCAUUCGUCUUGCAGAGGACGGAGAGGCUAACAUGUGGCAGCGGCAAACGGUGGUCGGCCAUUUCUUCGAGCUGGAUCGAUUGGUCGUCGAGGGCGGUAUCUCGGGCAAACAGAAGGGAAAUAAGGGAGGCAUCGUGCGACAGAAGGAUCAGGGCUGGGACUGA